AUGGACGUAGAGAACGACGACGCGACCAUCGGCGUCGACUUCGUCAAACUUUACAGCUGGAACCGAAACAACAGCGACCAGCGCGACAUCGACAGCCUCGCCGACAUCAAUUUCUCCGGCUGCAGCACCAACGGCAACAACGCGCCGCCCCUCAUCGUCCCAAACGACCGAAGCACAUCAGAAAGCCUCAGCAAGAACGACGGGCUAUCCGCGGAGGCCAUCACAGGCAUUGUGAUCGGUCCACUCCUACUUCACCUGCUCGUCGCGCUCUGGCUCGUGUGCGACCGAAGCACGCCAGAAAGCCUCAGCAAGAACGACGGACUAUCCACCGGGGCCAUCGCAGGCAUUGUGAUCGGUCUGCUCUUGGUUUUCCUGAUCGUCGCGCUCUGGCUCGUGCCCAGACGGAUACAGGCGGAGAAAUGGGCUAUACUCCACCCAUUCGAACAGCGCGCCUUCUUCACUACCUCGCCACAGCGCCGCGCGUCGUCGUCGCUGACUCCUCCCGUAGGGAACGAGGCGUCUCUGUUCCCACUGCGGCGACAGCCGGGGGACUGCAUGGUCGCGCUUUCCCUUCGGAAGUGCAAACACCGACGCGCACGCUCGCCCAGCCUGCGCAAAGGCGGGUUGCGCGCUUUACAGUAUGGGACGUCGGACGGCGUCAGAGCGACCUCCCCGCAUUCCACGCACUCCACACACUCCCGCCCCAGCAUGGCGGAAACCGCGUCAGGGUCGGCCGCGUAUACGGGCCCCGCCUCAACCUCGGGCGCGUCGCAUAGCGGGUCUUCCUCUGACCCCGCGCCCACCGCCCCGCUGUUGCCUGCGCCUUCUGCGGCACACUCCCGCCCGCCCCCGUCAUCCAGGUGCGCCGCGGACGCGCACAUCGUGCUCGCGCGCCCGCCUUCCGUGUCCCUCUCGCUCGCCUCCGCGCGCGCGACCAUCCACAUCCCGUCCUCGCCAGACCAACCCACAUCCACCGCCACCACCCGCCCCCGCGAGAAGCGCGACCGCACGCACGCCCCGAGCGCGAUGCCCCCUCUUCCUUCCCGCACGCACACCCCAGGCGUGGGGGCGGAGGACGACCCCGGCAGCUCGCGCUCGCUGCGGACGACGUCGUCCGGGCUCACGGAGUACUCCGUCGACGGCGGCGUGCGCCUCGCGGGCGGCCGCCCGGGCGAGGACGUGCCAGCGGAGCUACCGCCGCACGCGGUCGGGGCGCCGACGCGGGCGCGGGUCGUGCCACCGCCGUACAGCGACGUGUAUGCCGUCGCGGGGGAGAGGCCGCGCGAGAGAGGGAGCGGCGGCGAGGGUGGGGCGUCGUCAGGGGUUCGUUGA